AUGAGUUCGAAUAGCCCCAUUUCGGUUAAUCUUGUUGAUAACCUUUCUUCAUAUAAUAUUCAGAAUGAGUCUUUUCGUCUAGGAAAUGUAUCAAUCGAAGGAGACAAGUUUAUUUGCGUAAAAGAAAAUGUAAAUGACAACACACAAGUUGUAGUGAUAAAUUUAUAUAACCAAGUUAGUAUUCGUAAGUAUAUGAAAGCUGAUAGUGUUAUUAUACACCCUAAUGAUCCAAUAUUAGCAUUAAGAGGUAGCAUAAAAAAUGCGAAUACGAUAUUUUUACAAGUAUUUAAUAUAGAAACAAAAGAAAAAAUAUGUUCAUUAAAUUUAAAUGAGCAUAUAAAUUAUUGGAAAUGGAUAAAUAAUGAUACGAUUGCAAUUGUUUGUGAAAAAAAUGUAUAUCACUGGAAUAUAGAUAUGUAUAAUACAAAAAAAAAUAAAGAAAAUAAUGUACUUACAAAAGUUUUUGAAAAAGCACAAAUAUUUAUUGAUAAUAAUUCACAAAUAUUAUAUUAUGGUACAGAUAAAGAAAUGAAAUGGUGCAUAUUGUGUGGUAUAUCUACACAAGAUCAGGGAAAGAGCAUUGAUGGGUAUAUGCAAUUAUAUUCAUGUGAAAAAAAAUUGCAUCAAAUAAUUGAAGGGUUUAUUGGAUGUUUUGGUUCAUUUAUAUUUGAAAAUUGGGAUACAAAACCGUUAUUUUGUUUUAUUGAAAAAAAAAAAAAUUCAAGUAUGUCGAGGUUACAUUUAAUGGAUAUAUAUAAUAGCAAAACAGAAGGAAGUACACCUUAUAAAAUUGUAAAAGAAAUAAACUUAAUAAAUGACACAUUAAAUGAUUUCCCUAUAUAUAUAAGUUUAAAUACAUUACAAGGUGUUAUAUAUGUUAUUACAAAAUGCAGUUAUGUAUAUAUAUUUGAUGAAAGUACUUUAACUGAAAUAGUAAGAGAAAAAAUAAGUGAUGAUAAUAUAUUUAUAUGUUGUGAUAACAAAAAUGGCGAAGGAAUAAUUGCAGUAAAUAAAAAAGGAAAAAUAUAUUAUAUAACAUUAAAUUAUAUUAAUUUAAUAAAUUCAUUAAAAUCAUCUAAUAUAGAUGUAAAGGAUAAAAUAAUUAGAAAUUUAUCAUUAAAAUAUGGAUAUCCAGGUUGUGAUUAUAUAUCUGUAUAUAAAAAAUGUAUUAGUGAAAUGGAUUUUAAAAAAGCAUCAAAAAUUAUAUGUUUAUUAAAAAAUCCAAAAAUAUUUGAAAAAUAUUCUAAUUCUAUAUCUGAAGCAAUAACAAUAAUGAAUAAAAAAAAUAUGGAUAUAAGAAUUGUAUCACCUUUACGAACCCAGCAAGUUUUAAAUAGUUUUAAAUCAUUUCGAAAUUCUCAAGGUCAACUAUCUCCAUUACUUUUAUAUUUUUCAGUAUUAUUAGAACUUGAUAAAUUAAAUACGUAUGAAUCUAUUGAAUUAGUUAAGCCAGUUGUUUUGCAAAAAAAAAAAGAAUAUUUAGAAAAAUGGAUAAAAGAUGAUAAAUUAGCAUGCUCAGAAGAAUUGGGAGAUUUAGUAAAAUCCUUAGAUUUACGAUUAUCAUUAAUCAUAUAUUUAAGAUGUGGAGCACAUAAUAAAAUAAUUUCUAUAUAUUGUUUGUUAAAUAUGUUUAAUAAUGUUAUGACAUAUAUUAAUAACUAUAAGCAUAUUACAAAUUUCGAUUUUGUUAAUAUAUUUAUUACAAUAAUUAACUAUGAAUUUCCUACUACAUCAGGAGGGGGAAGUUUUAAUUAUGGGAAUACUAAUGGUAAUGAUUCGGGUUCUAGUUUAGAUUUGCAUCAUACAGAAAAAAAUGAAUCCUUGGAUUUUUUCAAUGAUAAUAAUAGUGUUUCUAAUUCGAAGGAUUUAAGAAAUAGUAACAAUCUUAGAAACACUAAUAUUGAAAUUGCAACUCAGUAUAUAAAAUUGUUAAGUGAUAAUAAUAUCCAAUUAGAUAUUGGAAAAAUAGUUGACUAUUUAUUAAAUAAUAACAAGUUACAGGAAGCUACAUCUAUAUUGUUAGAUUACUUAAAAGAUAAUAAACCAGAACAUAAACACUUGCAAACCAAAAUAUUCGAAUUUAAUUUAUAUCAUAAUGUUCAAAUUGCUGAAACGAUUUUUCAAAUGGAUAUAUUUACUUACUAUGAUAAAAAUAGAAUAGCAUAUUUGUGUGAAGAAAAAGGAUUAUAUCAAAGGGCUUUAGAAAAUUAUACUAAUAUUAAUGACAUUAAAAGAGUUAUUACAAAAUCAGCAUGCUUUCAAAAAAAUGGAAAUAUUUCAAAUAAUUUAAAUUCAGAAGGUGGGUCAGGUAAUAUGAGCUUACAUGGUGGAAUAUCUCUUGAAUGGAUUAAAAAUUAUUUUUCAACAUUAAGUGAUUCAGUUUGUCAAGAUUUGUUAUUUGAUUUUAUGAAAGGAAAUAAAGUAAAUAUUGAAAUUAUAAUUUCGAUAUGUGUUCAAUAUUAUAAUAAAAUUGGAAUUAAAAAAAUUGUGAACAAAUUUGAAGAGAAUAAAAAUUAUGAGGGAAUAUUUUAUUUUAUUAGUUCUAUAUUGAAUGAGUUACAAAAUAUGAGCACUGCUAGAAAUGCUAAUGAUAUAGGCAAAUAUAACGAUAAUAAUAGUAUUAGUAGUAAUAACAAUAUUAAUAAUAAUUUGUCAAGCUCUAGAAGUAAUAACGAUGAUGCAUCAUCUAUUUUACUAAAUUCAGACAUUGGAAUUGGCACACAAUUCUCCUACGAAAAUAAUUCAGCUUUAACUAUUGAAGAUUUGCAUCAUAUAAUGUUUAAAUAUAUCGAGGCAUGUGUAAAAAUUAACAAUAUUCAAGAAUUAGAUAGAAUAUGUAAAGACAGAAAUGCAAAAUAUAACCCUGAACAAAUAAAAAACUUUUUAAAAGAAUGCAAAUUAUCAGACCCUCGUCCAUUAAUAUAUGUAUGUGAUAUACAUAAUUUUAUAGAAGAAUUAGCUGAAUAUUUAUAUAAAAAUAGUUUGUUAAAAUAUAUUGAAGUAUAUGUUAUUAAGGUGAACCCACAUAAUGCUCAUAAAGUUAUUGGUGUUCUAUUAGAUUUAGAUGCAUCAGAAGAUUUUCUUCUUAAUUUACUAAAUAAUAUAAAAAAUAUAUCAAACAUUGGUAAUUUAAUAGAUAUAGCAGAAAAACGAAAUCGACUAAAAUUAUUAUUACCAUGGCUUGAAAGUAGAUCUAAUGAAGGUUAUGAAAAUAUAGAAUUACAUAAUGCUUUAGCAAAAAUUUAUAUUGAUUUAAAUAAAGAUCCUGAAACAUUUUUAAAAAACAACAAUUUUUAUGAUAAAAAAAUGAUAGGAAAAUAUUGUGAAGAUUUAGACCCACAUUUAGCAUAUACUGCAUAUGAAAGAUCAAAUGGCCAAUGUGAUGAAGAACUUAUAAAUAUAACAAGUAAAAAUGGCCUUUUUAAAUUACAAGCUAAAUAUUUAGUAUCUAGGCAAUCGAUGGGACUAUGGUCAAUGGUAUUAGACGAAUUAAAUAAAUAUCGAAAAAAUGUAAUCGACCAAGUUAUAGGUUCAACUUUAAUUGAAUCGAAUAAUGCUGAUGAAAUUACUGUAACUGUUAAAGCAUUUAUUGAAAAAAAAUUAAGUAGUGAAUUAAUUGAAUUACUAGAAAAAAUUGUAUUACAUAAUAGUGAAUUUAGGGAUAAUAAAAAUUUGCAAAAUUUGUUAAUUUUAACAGCUAUCAAAUCAGAUUCAAAAAAAGUUAUGGAAUAUAUUAACAGACUAGACAACUUUUCAGGUUCACAAAUAGCCGAGGUUGCAUAUGAAUACAAAUUAAGAGAAGAAGCUUUUGUCAUAUAUAAAAAAUUUAAUUGCAACACAUCUGCUAUUUCAGUUUUAUUGGAUAAUAUCCUGAUUUUUAAUCAAAACCGAAAAGGUAAGAUGUCAGCAAAUGCUCGAAGGAAAAAAACCGAGUUUGCUUUAUUUAAUACAAUUAAUGAUUACUCUGUAAAUGAUUCUGAUGGUUACUUAAAUGUUACGAAUUUUUCAGGGGCGUUAAGUAGCUCUUAUAAUGAAAAACGUGAUGGAGUAUCAUCGAUCUAUGGAAGUAAUGAAGCAUUCCGGAAUUAUGGAAGUGGACAAUUAUCUGAAUUUGAAGAAGAAAGUAAAGAGGAACAAGAAAUGGAAAAAGAGGAAAAACUUACUAAUGUAGAAAAAUAUGAAGAAGAUUUAAAUAGAGCUAUUGAAUUUGCACAAAAAUGUAAUGUAAAUGAUGUAUGGUUUAUAUUAGGUAAGGCUCAAUUAAAAUUGAAUAAAAUUAUCGAUGCGAUUGACAGCUUUAUUAAAUCAAAUAAUGCAGGUGCUUAUAAAGAGGUUAUAGAAAAAUGCAAAGAAAACAAUUUUUAUGAACAGUUAAUAACUUAUUUAAAUACAUUAAGAGAGCAGAAUUCAUUGAAAGAUGUAUUAGUAGAUUCUGAAUUAUUAUAUGCAUAUGCCAAAUUAAAAAAAACAUUAGAAAUGACAAAAUUUAUAGCUAGUACAAAUUUAGCAAAUAUGCAAUUAAUUGGUGAUAGAUUAUAUAAAGAAAAAGAAUAUGAUGCAGCAAAGAUAUUAUAUAGUAGUAUCCCGAAUAAUCAAAAACUGACCUUUUGCCAUUUAAAAUUAAAAGAAUAUUCAUUAGCUAUCGAAGCCGCUAAAAAAACGAAAAGUCUUAAAACUUGGAGAGAAGUAAACUUAGUAUGUGUAAAAUAUAAACAAUUAAAAUUUGCACAUGUAGCAGGAUUGCAACUCAUUAUGCAUGCAGAUCAUUUAGAUGAAAUCAUAAAAAUUUAUGAAAAAAAAAAAUAUAUAAAUGAACUAUUGAGUUUAUUGGAAAACGGGCUAAAUAGUGAAAGGGCACAUGUAGGAAUAUAUACAGAAUUAGGAAUGUUGUAUGCAAAAUAUAAACCAGAAAAAUUAAUGGAGUUUAUAAGAAGUUAUACUAAUAAAAUGAAUACAAGGAAACUAAUAGAUGCAUGUCAUAACGAAUAUUUAUUAAAAGAAGCAGUAUAUUUAUAUAUAUCAUAUGAUGAAUAUAACUUAGCUGUUGAUACAAUUAUUAAACACUCUCCUAUUGCUUAUCAGCCUGAUAUAUUUAUGCAAGUAAUACAUAAGGUGACAAAUAGUGAUAUAAUACACAAAGUAAUAGAUUUUUAUAUUGAAGAAAAUCCAUUGAAUUUAUAUAAUUUAUUAAAGAUUUUAGAAAAUAAAAUUGAUAAUAAUAGAUUAGUACAAACAAUGAAAAAAUCAAAUAAUUUGCCAUUAAUACAGAAAUAUUUAGAAGAUAUUCAAACACAAAAUAUUACAUCUGUUAAUGAAACCCUAAAUGAAAUUUAUCUAGAAAAUGAUGAUUAUAUUAGUUUAAGAAAAUCGAUAGACGAGUAUGACAAUUUUAAUCAAACAAAUUUAAUUAAUAAAUUGGAAAAUCACAAAUUAGCUGAAAUGAGAAGAAUUGCAGCAUUAUUAUAUAAAAAAAAUAAAAAAUUUAAAGAAGCUAUUAAUUUAUCAAAAAAAGAAGGACAAAUUAAAGAUGCUAUUGAUAUUGCUAGAGUUUCUAAAAAUCAUCUAUAUGUCGAGGAUCUAAUUAAUUAUUUUAUUCAAAUUAAAAAUAAGGAAGCUUUAUGUGCAUGUUUAAUUGCUUGUUAUGAUAUAUUGAAACCAGAUUAUGUUUUAGAAAUUAUAUGGUUGAGUGGAUUUAAAGAUCAUGCUAUGUUAUAUUUCAUACAAAUUAUUAGUGAUUAUACUCAACAAAUCGAAACCAUGAAAAAACAAAUAGAAGAUAUAGAAAAGGAAAAAAAAAUGAAUAAAUCAGCUCCUAAUGAUUUUUCUGCCAAUACUAUUUCAAACCAAUUCACCUAUUCAUUGAAUAAAAACUUAUCCAUUAUGCCUCCACAAAAUAAUUAUAUCCCAAAUAAUUCAGACUUUGACAAAUAUGACAUGUUUAAUACAAAUACACAUUUUUAA